AUGUCACUCCGGAUUAUCCUUAAUGUAACGUCUGCUGAUGAAGGAGUAUAUAGCUGUGAGUUAACUGGUUCUUCGAAUUCAUGGAGACGUAAAAUUCAAGUGGCUACCCUAGGUAACUUAAUUCACACAUUGUACAUCGAAUAUUUUACUCUGGUAGAAGUUUAAGGCGUCCAAUUUUAUGCGGGUGCCCACAGGAUACCAAAUACAGCGGAUAAGGUCCUGUUGACGACCCUAAUUGUUGAAUAGAAGGAGAGAAAAAUGGGAGGGCAAAAAUGAAGGAUAAAUAUACAUGAAUCUUGAUUUUAAAUUAUUUUUAAAAGGCUGAACUUCUUUAGUUGCAGUACAAUUAUACAUACUGAAUCUGUGCAGAAAGCCACGAUUCACUCUCUCUCUCUAAUGGCGAAAAUGAAUGUCAUGAGUUUCCGUAGGAUUGUGAAUUGUUUAUUUUGGCUUACAGAUAUCUGCCUUUGUGGACAUGAAUGGCAUGAAUUAUCUCUCAGUUUAUCUUUUUUUACGUUAAUGUUAUGAUUUGUUAACUUUUUUUUCUUGUAUGAUUUACUCUCCUAUUUCAUUGUUUUUAAUUUAUUGAUUUCUUUUGACUUCUUAGUAAUUUAGCAAAUUUUGUUAAGGUGAACAGAGCACUGUCACUAUAGUUUUUUAAAAUCAGAAACAACUGAUGUCUUUAUCGUAAGGUAUAAAUUUUCUAAUUACUUUGUGUUUCAUACCUUUUAAUGGCUGAUUAAAGAGACCAAUGGGUUUAUCUUCUUUUUGAUCCUUUGGUUAAAGUGCACUUUGGUAUCUUGUUCUCAACAACAAUAAACUGGGAAAUUUGUUUUCAGAAUUGUCAUAAGAUUGAAGUUACCAAACUUUUAAAAAUCCCUUUACCACAACUUGAAAGCCACGAUCACACUUCAAAAAAGUAAAGUAGUGAAACAGAAUUCCUCAUUUCAGAUUUUCCCCGCGCCCUAGUAAUAGCGGAGCUCUCGCGCGCAGCGGAGCAGCAUUGGUAAGAAAAUUUGGUUACUUGUGCAUCCAAAAAAUUUGGGUAGUCACGUGACCGUACGCCCGCCCGUCCAUCUACCCCACAGGCAUACCAAUUUAAAAUAACUCAAUCAACAGGUAUGGCAACCCAAGUGCAACUCGAGUUUUUCUUGGGCGGGAAAUCGCAUGGCCACCCGGACGUUAAGAGAGAGAGAAAAAAAACAAAACAACAAAGUCGAGUCUUUUUCGAUGUUAUUUUUGAUGUCUACACUCACGUGGAUACCAGAAAAAGAGCUAGAGCCAGUGAUUGAAAACAAAAGGGAGGGUGAACGGUGAAAAUGAGCGGCAGUCAAAAAAUAAAAGUGUACAGGAACACAAGCAACAAAAUCUUCUGUGAACACAUGCAACACUCCUCCAUAAAAAUAAUGUGUAACUGGGAAAUUUCACGGUUUAGUCGUGCAAAACAAUGGCAUUGUAGUCGUGCAAAACAACGGCAAAGAAAUGUACCAAAAGGUGUGCGGCACCUGCAAAUUUUUUUUUCUUUUUUUUUUUUUGGCUAAUUAGAUCUAUUGAUUUUGCUGCCGUUCUCAUAGCCGUCGCCGUUUACCAUCGCACGAUUUUAUUUUUUGUUUAUAAGUAUAUUAACGAGAGCUUCGCUUUUAGCCCUGGCUAAAUCUAUCUAUUAUAUAUCUAUUGCACUUACGAAUUCAAUUUGCGGAAAUUCCGCAAUGUUCCCUCCAGAAUAAACCCUAUUUUACUACAUAUCUUUCAAUUAGCCGCAGCCAGCUUCAUCAACGUCAGCAGUGAUACGUCUUUGAUAGAGGGUUCAGUUCUGCAGCUAUUCUGUAAUGCAUCUGGCCGACCACCUCCAAAUAUCACGUGGGUGAGAAUCACCUCAAGUGGCAGUGAGAGUAAUGUAUUACACUGGGGCACUACAUGGGAUUUCGAAAACGUCAGCAGGACUGAGGCUGGCACUUACCGCUGUAUAGCUUACAAUGGAGUAGGAAAUUCAGUGAACCAUACACUAAGGGUGAAUGUGGAAUGUGAGUACAUUUAAUAUUUUCACUUACAAGUAUACAUGCCUUAAUAAUGUAAACUUCGUUGCAAUAAUAGUUAAAUCAUAAGGAAACGGUGAUCCACAGUGCAGUUGAAGGUUGGAUGAGAAACUUGUUUUCGUCACUCUCACACCAGAAAAUUGCGUAGCUCGUAUUACUAACUAUACAUCUGUCUGGAUUUGCAAAAAGGUACCUCCAGAAUUUUUUAGCAACAGCCUCAUUUGAGGCUUGUUCAGUACUUGACCAUUUUUUUUACGUACGAUGUUUUAAGUAAAAAAAAAACUAACAGGCUGAAAUAACCCCUCUCCUCUACCUAUCAUUUUCCAUAUUUCUUACCGUGUCAUAAAACACUAUACAUUUGAAAUCAGCUCGCGCAGUAGAAGUUGUUUUCCGCGGUCGGUUCAUUUUCUAGAUUUCUUUUUAGCCGCCUGCAGCAAAGUUUUCCGGACGGCAUCAUUAAGCGUUAUGAAGGAACAAGUCUUCACGAUCGGCAAAGUCUGCCGUCGCUUUGAUGUGGGCGGUGACGAGUUUCUGGCCGCAAAAGUAGUUUGUAGGAGUGAAAUCUAUUCGGCGAGAGCAAAAUUGAUGCUGAUUUCUGACCAGGCCAGAGACUUAGUUAACAAUCAGGGAUCUUGAAUAAAUCGACUGGGUUAGGAAAUUAAAGUUUGCAUGUGAUGAUUUAUGUGGAGAAAGCGAGAGUUAUUGAGUGAGUGUAAUUUGAUGAUAUAUCGCCCAUAUUAAGCGUGGUUCGUAUGUAUAUGGCAUUACAAAGAACAGAUUAGAAAUAUAUCUUGAGCUUUCAUAAUACUGACUCACCCUAGUGUAUUGCAACAACUAGAUUUUAUCAUUUAUACAAGAGGGGGAGGGUCAUGAUAUUUUAGGCCAAGGUCAAGGGAAGGGUUAGCAAAUUUCACUCCCAUUCCAGGGAUUGGUCACCUCAUUUCCGAACCCAAAUUCAAAAUUCCCACCCCCUCUCCCCCCCUGGUAACUUCUGACAAGUCCCUUAUGAAGUCUUAUUUCGUGACCAUAACAACUGGUCAUCUCUAAACUUGUAUCAAAAUACGUGCGAGGGAUAAACCAAAAGCCACUGAAAACGUUAGGUGCUGACAUUUGAUCGUCUAAAAAAAAAAAACUCAGAAAAACCUCUCAGAGAGGGUGGAAUCAUUCCCCACUGUUCAUUGCGAUAAUUGUUAAUCAAAGUAAUCAUGUAAUUCACUUUUUUGACCCUUUUAGCAGUUUCUCCACGUAAUAAUAGCACUCUUGAUAUUAUAAAAAUGUAUAUGUAUAUAGAAGAACAGCACUGAUUUAAGAAACAAAAAGGUAGUUCCUUCGUUUCAAAGAGCAAGUUUUUUUUCCAUAAUAUAUUUCAGUUUUUGACAUCCACAACAGCAUAAAGUUUCAUAUUAUACCCUAUUGUUCUGUUUAUACUUCUUUUUUUGAUGUCCGUGCUAUUUAACUGAAGUUUAAUUUGUUCAUUUUUUCUGUAGUUCCUCCUGUCAUUGUCACUGCAUUAGAUCACAUAGCGUUAGAGGGAAGUAAUUUGACCUUGUUCUGCAAUGCAAUUGGCAAUCCACAACCAGACAUCACAUGGACAAACGGAUACAGUAGUGUGCUGUCUUCAACGGAGACUUUAUAUCUAAUAAACCUGAGGAGAGGAGAUAAUGAAGCAGUGUACAGCUGUAAAGCAAACAAUAGUCUUGGAUUCUACACAGUUAGCGCCUCGAUUACUGUGAUGUGUGGGUACACAUGCAUGAAAAACUGUGUAACAGUGUGCUCAAGUUGACACUUUUUCGCUUUACAUUUCGUAAUAAAAUCAUCGAUCUUUAAAAUCUACCAUAGUGAACCAUUAAUACCGUGGUUUUAGUCACGUACUUGGUUUUAUAUUAAUGUGUACAUUUCUUUCAGUUGCGCCAAAAGUGACAGUCUAUCAGUGUUCCACUCCAGUUAUUGAGGGUGAUAAUGCAGCAAUUUGGUGUAGUGCGAUUGGUAAUCCUGUGCCCAGUAUUGAGUGGGUCUUGGAAAGUACAGGGGAACUUAUCUCUAACUUGUCGAACAUCAAUCGAAACGAUGGAGGAGUAUAUCUAUGUAUUGCUAAGAAUAUCAUCGGGAACGACACCAAGAACUGUACAAUUGAUGUUCACUGUAAGUUAAUACGAUGCUCGUGGCGGUUGCUUUAAAAUACAAGUAUUUAUAAAAUAACUGAGAUAGUACGCGUGAUCUGAUUGGUCAAAAACCUAUGGUUUAUUAUACCCGUAAACCCAUAGAAAAAGGCAUCCGGACCACGAGCCAUAAACAAAACCGGCUAUUGAUCUACAAACAACGAUUUUAGAAAGGCUAGAAAACAGAACAAGUUACUUACCCAGCCCUUCUUAAUAUCAAAAGCGUUGGUUUCCACAUUUUAAUACUGCCAUAACUUUAGAAGUAAUAAAGUACAAAGCUGGAAAGCAGUUUACAUUUCACAACGAUGCCAAAUGGCAAAGAAAGACAACAACUGUGUGAAUUUUUGGUAUUGAAAGUCUCAAGGAAAGCUUAGCCAUGUGCCAACCAGCAACAAAACGGAUAGUUUUAGCAUUGUUGAUUUAUUUUAUGUCAAAAUUAAAUGCCUUAAUGAAAGACAUUGUUCCAAAAAGAGAUCUCUGAUCAAGAUAUGGUACAAAAUCGGCCGCUGUAGGUUGUAAACAAGCUGCCAACGAUGAUGAAAGAUGUCAGAGUUUCGGGCUGGUUUUUUCCAACAAUUGCACAAAUUAUUCGGUGAUAUCGAUGCCCUAACCUACCUCAAACCACCUGACUUUACAAAUCGACAAAUAUUAACGCCAAUAUGUGGCUACGGCAAAGAAAUUUUUCUCCACCACUGACAUAUUUCCACCGGUCGCUGUACGUGCAUAUAAAGUUGCAUGCGACAACUUCGCAAAUGCAGCCACGUCGUUACCGCAGCAUUUCUUAAUCAUAAUAAAGUCCAGAAAACAGAUCUUAAACCACUGCGGCUUGUAAAAUGUGAAUGAAGUCCUCCAUUAUAAUAGCUGCCAGUUCCGUCUGUAAGCACGAAAUUCUUACGGAUCGACUCAACAAACAGCUGCGUACAGUCUGAUGUUCAAUUAAUUUCUUCUUCUGUAGUAAACAAACCAUGAGCGUAUUCUUUCAUUGUACGUUCGCAUGAAUAAAUGUUGACUUUUCCUGUAAAACAGCUUUCAUAAGUUAUCAUGUAAUGAGUGCAAAAACUCGUGUUUUGAAGUGCUGCUGUUUGUUGUUUGACUGAACUGAGUUUUUAGAAAGUUCAGCGCUAUUAAAUCGUGAGUCAUGAUUGGCUUAUGAUGACUUUAGAGAGAAGAUAUGACUUGAUCACCGUACUAAAAUCAUAUUUUUUACCAAAAAGACUCCAUUCUACUAAACGUUAUUUUAUAAAAGCAAUAGACCACACUUUCUAUGGGUUUACCGGCGUGAUAACCCACUUGGGAUGUUGGGAGAACACUCGAAAAGCUUCUCGUCAUUUACAAGCUUUUCUCGUCUUCUCCCAGCAUUCCACGGGGGUUAUCACGCCGGUAAACCCAUAGAAAGUGUGGUCUAUUGCUUAAAUAAUGGAUGGUAGCCAUUAGAGCUGUCGUUCAUCAAGGUUGUACUUCCUUCCAGUUGGACAUGAAGUGUUCCUCUUGGAGAUAUGUAACACUUUACAUUUGCUUCCGUUAAAUUCCAUCUGUGUAAAUAGUCUAGGUCUCUUUGGAGGAGCGAAUAAUCGUUGGUCCAUGCAGUUUAGAAUCAUCGGCGAACAGGGUGAUGUUUGAGUUAGAAAGUAAGGGGGUGUUUAGAUGACAUCGGGGCUAAUUUUGCGCCGGCGCGAGUUCACUCCUCUGCCCUCUCGUGGCCAUGUAUUUGUUUACUUGUUUUCACCACAAAAAGUCAGGCUGGAGCGGGUCACACCUUCGAGAGUUCAUCCCGUUUGUUCAAACAGGGCGAGAAUUUCACUACUGUACGAAAUUUCGCAAUGGUAUUUUGUAAACAUUGACAACAUUGACAUAUGGGCUAGUCUACUAUUCAUUUUAAAGCAAGGGGAGAAAAAGAUUCUCAUGCUGUAUUAAGAAUAUCUGCACUAAAUAGUGAUUGAGAGUCACGUUUUAUUUAAUGCAUAUAGGCUAGUCUGCCAUUAGUUUUCACCAGAGCAUAUAUACAGUCGACUCCCGAUAACUCGAACCCUCGCUAACUCGAACCUCGCGCUAACUCGAACCAAAAUCGAUUUCCCCUGGAUUUCCGUCAUACAUUCAGUGUAAUUUUACCCCUCGGUAACUCGAACCCUCCAUAACUCGAACUCCCGCUAACUCGAACCAAUUUUCGUUUCCCCUCAGGUCAUUUUCUAUAUAAUUUUACCCUCGAUAACUCGAACCAUGUUUUGAGCCCCUAAAAAGUCGGGAAAAACGCCGUCUACGGGCGUCCGAAACAUUGAAUUUUGGAUUUCCUAUUAACGUGUUGUAGGAGUAUAGUUUACUAGUGGAGGCUAAUGUUGAUUGUCACAGGCUAACGUUAUGCAGUUUUUCUUCUCAAAACAGUAAAACGCAUGCUCUAUUAGGCUGUGUUUUGUUACGUUACAUUCUGCUUUAUAAUCUAGAAGUAUCUUUUAAUUUUCACUUGACAUUUCUACGAUUAAAUUUGAUUAAAAUGUUCACUGUGCAGUACAAAAUGUUUUUUACCUUACUCUCGGCUAUUUUCUUCGGGAUCCCGAUAACUCGAACUCCCGAUAACUCGAGCCUUUUUUCGAUUCCCUUGAAGGUUCGAGUUAUCGGGAGUCCACUGUAAUUUAAUUGCUCCUUAAUUUGCGUGUGGGAAAAAAACAAAGAAAGAAAAUUAUCCUCAUGUUGUUAUAAGAUAGUAUCUGCACUUAAGGGUAUUGUUCCAUUAUAUUUCUAUUCACAUGCUGUUGUUGACUACUGAUUGCCGGAGUAAGACACAGGACAAAGCUUUGCCCAAAUUAACCCCACAUGCUGCAUUUUUUACAUAGAGUAACUAUUGUUUAUCUAUUUAUGUAUUUAUUAUUGUUAUUAUUAUUAUUAUUAUUAUCAUUAUCAUUAUUAUUAUUAUUAUUAUUAUUAUUAUUAUUGUUGUUGUUGUUGUUAUUUCAGUUCCACCUGAGCUCACCACGUAUCCUAUAAAUCAGACAAAGAUAGAGGGAGAAAACGUGACUUUCACCUGUGAUGCGACAGGAAAUCCUGAACCUACUUUCCUGUGG